AAAGGGGAAUACACACAGAGGGACGGUAUGCACAAUAGGAAAGAACAGCAAAGGACUAGGGAGGUGUGAGAGGAAGACACACAAAGGGCGGUAUAUUUUACCAGCAGAGGUAUAAUUAGAGCAGCACCCAUCAUAUACACAGACACACAGAGACACACAGAGACCAUAGAGGGACACCCGUCAAUCUGAGAGAGACAGCUGAAAGGAGAGGAGGGGGCGGUGCCUGUGCCGUACUGCACUAACUGCAGCUGGAUGUCAGCAGGCUUUACUGCUCAUCCCUGGGUGCCACUGUAGGGCAGCGCUCACUGCUUGCCUGACUGGAGGUUAGCGCUCACUGCUUGCCUGACUGGAGGUUAGCGCUCACUGCUUGCCUGACUGGAGGUUAGCGCUCACUGCGCUGCUUGCCUGCGCUUUGCGCCCUGCGCCACCGGACACCGUAUCUGUCAAUAGGGAUGGGCAUCGGAUUGGGCAGUACCGCCUGCAUGGAUCUUACACUGUCUGCUUGAUAACACUGCAGCCCAGGGCACAGCAGCUUCUCCGGGAGUAAAAGCCACACCCUUUAGCGGGCACUAAAGGGUACAUCGUCCCUACGCUUUGGAUGUGGUGUGCAGGGAUUCUGUCCUUCCCAGCGCUUGGGGGGCGAUAGCAGAGCCGAGUAAGAGUAUUCAGUACCGGGGGGCACGGAAUGGCAUCUCAUGGAAAGCCCCGGAGGGACCGGGCAUCGGAGUAUGAGAACCAGAUCAAAGAAAUCCGGGCUCAACUGACUGACCAGGUCAAAUGCCUGGACACGCAAGUGGACUUCCGCCAGCAGCUUCUGCAGGACAUGAGCGAAUUCCUACGCAGAAAGGCAGAGAUCAAUCUGGAGUACUCCCGGAGUCUUGAGAAACUGAGUGACCGCUUCUCUUCAAAAAUCCGCAAUUCCAAGGAUCACCAUAUCUUCAGGAAAGAACAGAACCUGCUGUCUCCUGUUAAUUGCUGGUAUACAAUUAUGAAUCAUACAAGACAGGAAAGUCGGGAUCAUGGAGCUCUUAGCGACGUGUACACUUCACAUCUCAUCCCACGCCUUGCACAUAUCGGAGAGGAUUUGACUCGUCUUUCAAAAAAGAGUAAGGAAGUAGGUUUGCAGCAACAGGAGGAUUUGUUAAAGUUGGUUUCCGAGUUACAGGGGGCCAUGAAGACGUACCAGUUGUAUCACAGUGACUGUAUGUAUGCUGAACAUAAGCUCAAGGAGGCUGAGAAGCAGGAUGAAAAACGCACAGGCAAAUUAAGUGAACAUAUGGCAAGUUCACCAGUAUCUGACAGAGGGCAGAGACGGAGUUCUCUAAAGAAGACCGAAAGGCUUGUAGAAAAGAGGCUGAAGAAAUAUUUGGAGAACAGUCAGAAGUGCACCAAGGCCAGGAAUGACUAUCUCAUAAAUCUGAACACUGUCAACAAUAACAUUGAGAACUACUAUAUACACGAUAUCAAUGACCUCAUCGAUUGCUGUGACCUCGGAUUCCAUGUUUCUAUGAGUAAGACAAUGCGAGUUUACCUGCAGGCUGAGGAGAGAGUGCAGAUGUCCCGUCAGCAGAGUCUUCAGGCUGUCGAGGGAGCUGUUGACAACUUCAAUUCACAGGCAGACAAGAAUAAAUUGUUUGAGAUGUACAGUGAAACAUUUUCCCGUCCAACAAAAUUUGAAUACCAGCCACAUGAGGGGGAUGAGGUUUCGGAAGUCCGGUCUGAGCCACUGUUACAUCAGGAAUUGGUCUCUAGGUUACAGCAUAUAAAAUCCAGACUGGAUAGCGAGCACCUGGAAACUGAAGAGGUGAAAAAAACCCUUAAAGCCACUUUACAGUCCCUGUUAGAUCUUAUCGGAAUAGAUGAGUUUGACUUGUCAGAGGUUUUCCAGUCCAGCCAGUCUACUGAAUCCCUUAAAUCUACAGGAUCUGACACCAGCACUAAGACAAGCACAGCCAAGAGGAGAGCUAAUCAGCAGGAUACUGAGAACUUCUAUGUUUCAAAAUUCCAGAAGUAUCUACUUGGAAGAGGUACAAUCUGCAAACUCCAGGCAAAGUAUGACCUGCUGACGGAAGCCAUAGAAAAAGCUGCUGUGAUGGACAGUAAUAUUUCUGGGCAGCUGUCCAGCACCAGUAAGUCUCUGCGAGUGAAAAGGCAGCGACCGACAUCCCAGUAUAACCACAAACUUUUUAACGGGGAUUUGGAGGAAUUUGUCCAGAGUUCAGGACAAGCCAUUCCCCGGGUGGUAUCCAGCUGCAUUCGCUUCAUUAACUUGCACGGAUUGCAGCAUGAAGGUAUUUUCCGUGUCCCGGGAUCCCAGGCUCAAGUGAACGAGAUCCGAAGUUCUUUUGAAAGAGGUGAAGAUCCGUUGGAUGAUAGCUGCGGUGGCCAUGAUGUGGACUCAGUUGCUGGAGUUCUGAAGCUUUAUUUCCGUGGCCUGGAGAAGCCUCUCUUUCCCCCUGAGAUGUUUAACGAUCUCCUGUACUGUAUCCAACUGGAAACACCUCAAGAAAGAAUAACACACCUAAAGAAGCUUGUGUCCCAUCUUCCGCCAGUUGUAACUCUUGUCCUUAGAUACCUUUUUGCCUUCCUGAAUCAUCUGUCCCAGUACAGUGAUGAGAACAUGAUGGAUCCAUAUAACAUAGCAGUGUGCUUUGGACCAACCUUGGUUUCCAUCCCUGAGGGGCAGGACCCUGUAUCAGUUCAGGCCCGUGUUAAUGAGGUUGUGAAAACUAUCAUCAUUUACCAAGAGAGGAUAUUUCCAGGAAAUGCUGAACUAGAGGGGCCAGUUUAUGAGAAGUGUAUGACGGUGGAGGAGGAUGAAGAGUACAGCGAUCCACUGGUCCUUGAUGCUACUAUUGAUGAAUGUGAACAGGAACAACUGCAAGAGCUGGCCCUCAGCGAGGAUGAGCUGGAGCCUAUAGAAUCCAUUGCUCGAUUUGACUAUUCAGCUCAGACACCUCAAGAAUUAUCAUUCAAAAAGGGUGACAUUCUGCUACUUCAUGGCAAAUCAACAGGAGACUGGUGGCGAGGCGAGAUAGCAGGGACCUUGGGGUUGAUCCCACACAAGUACAUCAGUAUUCCUGAGGGAGCAGAGAAAAGGCUGGAGCAAAGGGGCCGGAAAAAAGAGCUGGACUCUGGUACAGCCCAUACUCCUGAAGAUGGCCUUAAGGAACCAUGCAGGAAACGCAGUGAAGGAAGCCCCAUUAGGAAACUUAACUCUCCCUUCAUGGAUAAUGUUCGGCUUCCCUUCCCUUUGGCUUUCUCGGCAACCCCCAGGACGGGGGGACAUAUUGAAAGGAUUCCAGGUACUGGAGAAAGGAGAAACUUAAUAGACAGUGCUUCAAAGAGUACCAUCGCAACCAAAGCCUGGCAAAAUGAUCGUCAGGGCAUUGAAGUGGAUAAGAAUGUGACAAAGAACAUGGACAGCGUGUUCAAAGAGCUGCUUGGAAAAACUGCUCUAAAGCAGGUGCAUUUGGAAGAUCCUGUGGACCCUGGUAAAGCAGGAAAAUCACGGGAACUUAAACAAGUGACACCAAGUACCUCCGAUCAAUCGCGUGGAAGCCCAGCAGGGAAAAAAGGAGCUGCAGGAAGAACUGUGUUUGGGACCCGGAGAUGAACUUCAGCUACUGAUUUCUAAAUGAGGGCAAGAAGCAUGGUACAGACCAGUGGGUUCCUUGGUGGGAGAGAUUGUUCAGCCAUAUCCAUGUGUCUUAUGGCCUCACUCAGACUCAUAAAAAUGUAAUACACAUAGGAUGCUUGCUCCUGUUGAGAGUGAAUGGAAUGUGCCCUAGAAGGGUUCAGGACUCUCUUAAGCUCUCCUGCACAUUUGUUUUACUUUAUCAAUGUGUGUACAAAUGUCAUGAACAGAAGCACAGCUAUAACGCCAGCAGGGGCCUCCCUUACAUUUUCCUUCCCCAAACUUGCCAGCACUGGACUCUUACGGUCAACACUGUAAGCAAACAGGCGGGAGUAUCAUUUACAGAAGUGGUUGAAAUUAAAAGGUCCCUCAAAGCCACCGUAGCGCCUCAGAAUUUUCUGAGACAUAAGCUUGCCAAACAUACCACAAGUAUAUUAGUGCUGUAGACUGAAAGCACCCUCAGAAGCACAAUCUUAAAGAAAUUUAGACAUGACUUUUCUAGUCUAUAGACUUGCCAACAUUAAAAAAUAAAUCAGAAGUGUUGGAGAACUUUUGCUGUAUUAAAAAGAUACAAUUUUUAUUAGAAGGAAAAGUCUGAGCUGUUGUGUACUUGAAAGUCUUCCAGUCUAUGGGAACAGCUAGUUGGUUCGUUGUGAGGUUAACAACACCGAAGAGCAGCACAAGCCUGUUAAUAUUUACUAGGAAUUUUUAUAUUGCAUGGUAAGCAGGGGUUAAUAACUAUUGGGCCUCCCGAUGUCAUUUCAGUUUUAAGAGUGUUCUUCACCAAAUUGAUGUAGCGUUUAUUUAGGUAACUGCACACCCCCUAACAGCAAAUCGAUUCAACCUGUUCUGGUUAUACUUAUCCAAUCAUUGAAUAUUUGAAGAUUGCAAACCUCCUGUUAGUGAUCAGUCCAUUUGUUUGUAAGUCUGCAUUUGCACAGAAUUGGUCACUGCAACAUCACCAGCAAGAUACACCAAACAAGGUAAACAGCUUUUUUUUUAUUUACCCCAUUGUCACAGGGAUCAAGGGUUUUGAGGCAGCUUAUGGGUUAACAGAUGUUCCCAAUGUGAAUGGCACAAAAGAUGAAGCCCAAUUUUUAUUUAGUUUGUCCACUUUCCUUGGACUCCAAGACUUUGUAACAAGACUGCUGUGUGUCUGCUGGCCCAGUCCCAUCCUCUUCAGUCCUGUGUACCCUGUCAGUUCUUUAUUGUGCCCAGCCUGGACCUGGUCACUGAGUGACCUACUCACCAGGAAAUCCACAAUCCUUUGCUUGAAGUGUCAUCAUGGCACUCAGCAUAUGUACAUAAGUUAUUCUGUGUGUGUGACAGAGGAGAAGAGCCUUAUAUUUCAAUCAUUUGUUGUUAUUUUUCACUGAUCUUGAAAACUGUGUCAGUCUGUUUUUUUUUUAAAAGUAUGGAGGGGGCGGAAUUAAAAUCUGGCUGCUUUAAAUAAAGGCUGCCCACGUGAGGAUUCUAAGAAGUACAUUACUACUCUGGCCCGUUCAUUGCACUUUUGGAAUCUCUAACUCAGGAAUACACAACCUGUGCCUCUCCAGCUGUUACAGACUUAAAAUUCCCAGAAGGCUUUGAAGCUGCUAAAAUAUGGAAGAUGUUGCAUGACAGCAGUUGGAGAGCCAUAGAUGGGUUUCCUGCUCCAUAUCUCCUCAUUGUGUUUGAGUACCAGAAAAGUAUUCUUACGCCCUGCUCUGGUUCCCAUUCAAGUCCAGCUAUUUGUGCUUAUAAAGCAACGCUAAUAAAAAUGUGUUUAUAACCAUG